AGCUUGGGAGCCUGUUAGGAGCGGUGCGGCUGAGAGACUGGCGGCGCAGGAUACUAUCCGAGGAGGCUGUGUGCAACGGGAGAAGAAAAACAUUUUGGUUUCACGGACAGUACAACCGAACUAGCCUCUGAAUUCACUGUGGAUCUUUCAUGUUUUUUUUUUUAGAAGAGCUACAUCAAACUACCGCUAAGAUUCCCCCAGAUUUUCCUGUCCCGUAAUGAAUAUGUCCAGUAGCCCUAUUAUCAGGGUUCUGGUGGUGCUUUGCAUUGGGACCGCGGUGAACUGUGUGCCGAACAGGAAAAGCAGGCGGCAGGCUCAUCAGGGAGAAACCAAAAUACCUUCGGUAUCAUCCGUCUCUCAAGACGGCUGCAUUGAUAAUGGCCAGAUGUAUAACAUUAACGACCAAUGGGAGCGUUCCUAUCUGGGCACUAUGUUGGUCUGCACUUGUCACGGAGUUGCAGGAAUUAAGUGUAAAACGAAACCUGAAGCUGAAGAGACCUGCUAUGACAAGAUCAACGCCAGGUCUUAUCUGGUUGGUGAGACCUACGAGAGACCCAAAGAGGGCAUGAUCUGGGACUGUACGUGCAUCGGCUCUGGCCGGGGGAAAAUCAGCUGCACCAUCGCCAACCGCUGUCAUGAGGGGGGUCAGUCCUAUAAGAUUGGAGACACGUGGAAGAGACCUCAUGACACUGAGAGCUAUAUGCUAGAGUGUGUCUGUCUGGGCAACGGCAAGGGAGAGUGGACCUGCAAACCUGUUGCGGAGCGUUGCUAUGACAACACGGCGGGGACAUCCUACGUGGUGGGUGAAACCUGGGAGAAACCAUACCAGGGCUGGAUGAUUGUAGACUGCACCUGUCUAGGAGAGGGGAGUGGCAGGAUUACCUGUACCUCUAGAAAUCGGUGUAACGACCAGGACACACUGACGUCCUAUCGUAUCGGAGACACCUGGAGCAAGACGGACGCCCGAGGUCACAUGCUGCAGUGUCUGUGUACGGGGAACGGGCGUGGCGAAUGGAAGUGUGAGAGACACGCCUCCCUCCACACUACCGGCCUGGGCACUGGGUCCCGUGUGAUCACUAACAUCCAACCGGCUGUGUAUCAGCCCCUUCCCCAGCCCCUUCCCCAGCCCGGCCUGGAGCCUCACCCCGGUCUAGCCCAGGAAGGGGCCUGCCAGACGGAUGCGGGGGUGGCUUACGCCCUGGGGAUGAGAUGGAUCAAGACCCAGGGGAGUAAACAGAUGCUGUGUACCUGCCUGGGCAACGGGGUCAGCUGUGAGGAGUGGGAGGGCCCAGCCCCAGUGUACGGUGGGAACUCCAAUGGUCAGCCCUGUGUGUUCCCCUUCACCUACAUGGGAAAGACACACCAUUCCUGUACCUCAGAGGGACGACCCGACGGCCAGCUGUGGUGCUGUAUUUCAUCUGACUGCGAGACGGAACAGAAAUUCUCCUUCUGUACCAAGAAGAAUGUGAUGGUGACAACCAGAGGAGGAAACUCUAACGGAGCUCUGUGUCAGUUCCCUUUCCUCUACAAUGGGAGAAAUUACACCGACUGUACCGCCGACGGACGCAGGGACGGCAUGAAAUGGUGUGGAACCACCACCAACUACGACGGUGAACAGAGGUUUGGCUUCUGCCCCAUGGCUGCUCACGAGGAGGUGUGUACGACCAGCGAGGGCGUGAUGUACCGCGUGGGAGACCAGUGGGACAAACGCCACGACGUCCUGGGACACAUGAUGCGAUGUACCUGCGUUGGAAACGGUCGUGGAGAGUGGAGUUGUAUCGCUUACUCCCAGCUCAAAGAUCAGUGUAUUGUGGACGGGUUGACCCAUGAGGUGAAUCAGACCUUCACUAAGCUUCAUGAAGAGGGCUACAUGAUGAACUGUAGCUGUUUCGGACAGGGCCGUGGGCGCUGGAAGUGUGACGCCAUUGACCAGUGCCAGGAGCCAGAGACCAGGGUGUUCUAUCAGAUCGGCCAAUCAUGGGACAAGCUGAUCCACAGCGUCAUGUACAAGUGUUAUUGCUAUGGCAACGGUAUCGGCGAGCUCAGCUGUGAGCCCCAACAGUCUUUCCCGGGUGGUAACCGUCCAGUCCAGGUGAUCAUCUCAGAGUCUGGUAACCAGCCCAACUCCCACCCCAUCCAGUGGAACGCCCCGUCCUCCGCACACAUCACACAGUACAUACUCAAGUGGAGAGUGAAAAACACCCGUACCCCUUGGCGAGAGGUGAAUAUCCCAGGUCAUCUCAACUCCUACACCAUCGCUGGCCUGAAGCCAGGCAUCACCUACGAGGGUCAGCUGAUCAGUGUGCUACGCUUCGGACGCCGCGAGGUCACACGCUUCGACUUCACCACCACAUACGGUUCCUUGGCGACCUCCGAGGGAGAGACCACCCAGCCUCCUCCGGUGGUGGACAUCAGUGAGUCUGUUACAGAGAUCACAUCCAGCAGCUUCGUCAUCUCCUGGAUGUCUGCCUCUGACACCGUGUCUGGCUUCAGGAUCGAGUACGAGCUCAGUGAGGAGGGACAAGAGCGAGGACAGCCCAUGAUUCUCGACCUCCCCCGCACCGCUACCUCUGUGAACAUCAAUGAGCUGCUUCCUGGAAGGAAAUACACUGUGAAUGUGUACGAGGUUACGCCUACUGGAGAGCCCAACCUCAUCCUCACAACCUCUCAGACCACUGCUCCUGACGCUCCCUCUGACCAUGAGGUGGACGAGGUGGGAGAGACCUCUAUCAUAGUCAGCUGGGAGAAACCCCUGGCUCCUAUCACAGGUUACCGUGUGAUCUACACCCCGUCUGUAGAGGGGAGCAACAACGGAGCUGCAACAGAGCUCACCCUGCCGGACACCGCGACCUCUGUGACUUUGAGUGACCUUCGACCAGGCCUGCUGUACAACAUCAGUAUCUACGCAGUAGAGGAUAGUCUGGAGAGUGAGCCUGUCUUCGUACAGGUCAACACAGCCGGAGAACCCUUACCAGAGGAAGUCCCAUCUCCUACAGACCUGCAGUUCUUCGAGGUGUCUGACGUGAAGAUCACCAUCACCUGGACGGGGCCCCCUACUGACGUGUCUGGGUACAGAGUGACUGUGGCCCCCGUCGGUCCCAACGGGACCCCUCAGAGAGAGCUCCAGCUCCCCGUCACACACAACGCCUAUGCAGAGGUCACCCACCUGACCCCCGGGACUCCGUACCGCUUCAGCAUCUACACCAUCAAGGGAGGAGAGGAGAGCCAGCCACUGGUUGCAGAGCAGGCUACCAAGCCCGAUUCUCCUGCUGAUGUCCGUUUCACCAACGUAACCGAGGACAGUGCUCUGAUCAUGUGGGUGCCCCCCCGGGCCCGCAUCACCGGAUACCGUCUGUUCCUGACCCUGGAGGGAUCCAACCCUAAACAGCUACGUUUGCCCGCCCGCCUGUCUCAGUACACCUUGCUCAACCUCCGCCCAGACACGGAGUACACGGCCAUUCUGCACUCUGAACAGGAUAAUACGCUCAGUGAGGGUGCCUCCAGGACCUUCUCCACCACUCAGCUAAUGGGGAACGCCCCUCGCUUCAGUACUGAUGUCACAGACACCUCCAUCAUCAUCUCCUGGACACCCGUACCCCGAGUGGGAUACAAGUUGACGGUGAGGCCCAGUCAGGGAGGCGAAGCGCCCAGAGAUGUAACCUCUAACUCGGGUAGCAUUUAUAUCUCGGGCCUGACCCCUGGGGUUGAGUACACCUACAGCGUUCAGCCAAUCGUCAACGGAUAUGAGCAGGGCAACCCAAUCACACGCCGCAUAGUCACACCUCUGUCUCCUCCUACUGACCUCAAACUGGAGUCCCACCCUGACAGAGGAGAGUUGACUGUCCAGUGGAACGAAGCCAGCACCCCAGACAUCACCGGCUACAGAGUGACAUGCACGCCAACCAACGGGCAGCGAGGAAACAGCCUGGAGGAGUUUGUGAAGGCGGGGGAGACCUCGUGCACGCUGGAGAACCUCAGCCCUGGCGUGGAGUACAACGUCAGCGUCUUCACCGUUAAAGACGACAUGGAGAGCGUUCCUGUCUCCGACACCGUUACUCAAGACGUGCCCCAGCUAACAGACCUCAACUUCGUCGACGUCACCGACACGACUAUCGGCCUGAAGUGGAACCCACUAAACUAUACGGCGGUCACAGGCUACCGUAUCACGGUUAUGGCAGCGGGGGAGAGCGUGCCAAUAUUCGAGGACAUGGUGGAGGCCACCACCGGGUACUACACCGUGUACGGACUUGAGCCCGGCAUCGAUUAUGACAUUUCAGUCAUCACCGUGACAGAGAGUGGAGAGAGCGAACCGACCACACUCACGCAGCAAACUGCCGUUCCUGCACCUACUAACCUGGGUUUCCCUGAGGUGGGUCCUGACAGUAUGCGGGUGACCUGGACCGCUCCUGUGGUUCCUAACCCCGCUGACAUCAGCAGCUUCGUUAUUCGCUACCACCCCAUCGAUGACGAGGAUGACAUCACAGAAAGCAGCGUCGGAAGGAACGCCGACACCGUGGUUCUUAAGAAUCUGAUUUCCAACACAGAGUACCUGGUCAGUGUGGUGUGUGUUUAUGAAGCGAGGGAGAGCUCACCUCUGGUCGGCACCCAGAAAACAACUCUGGACUCCCCCAGCGGUCUGCGGUUCUCAGAAGUUCUGACCAACUCUUUCACGGUGCACUGGCAGGCCCCCAACGCCAUCAUCACUGGCUACCGGAUUCGUUACCAGAUGACCAGCGGCGGGCGGGCCAAGGACGAGAGGCUACCGCCAUCCAGGAACCACUUCACCCUGACCGGGCUGACCCCGGAGACGGAAUACAUCGUCAACAUCUAUGCUGUCAGCGGCCAGCAGGACAGCAAGCCGCUCACCGGCAAACAGAAAACCAUCUCUGACGCUCCUACUGACCUGGAGGUAGUGUCCUCUUCCCCCACCAGCGUCACAGUGCGCUGGGACGCCCCCUCUGUUACCGUGAGGUACUACAGGAUCACCCAUGGAGAGUCAGGUCUAUCCGGUGGCCACAGCACCCCUAAAGAGUUCACUGUGCCUGGUUCCCAGUCUACUGCCACCAUCCAGAACCUGAGGCCUGGUACUGACUACACCAUCACGGUCUACGCUGUGACCGGCAGAGGGGACAGCCCAGCCUCCAGCACACCCAUUUAUGUCACCCACAAGACAGAUAUUGACUCUCCUUUGGAGAUGAAGGUGACCGACGUUAAGGACAGCACCAUCACCGUGAGGUGGUCCCCGGCCCAGGGGCCCGUCCAGGGGUACAGGAUCACUGGGGUCCCCAAGAACGGACAGGGUCCCUCCUUCUCUGAGACCGUUGCUCCAGAUCAGACUGAGAUGACGUUCUCUGGCCUGCAGCCCACGGUAGAGUACAUCCUCAGUGUGUAUGCUCUGGGACAGGACGGAGAGAGCCCUCCCCUGGUUGAGACUGCUGUCACUGCCGUGGGUCGCCCCACAGACCUGACCUUCUCUAAAGUUGACUCCACCUCCAUGACCAUUUCCUGGGACUCGCCCGACGGCCAGGUGACGUCAUACCGCGUCCUGUACGCCAGCCCCGAAGAGGGCGAGAGGGAGCUGCGCCCCGCACCCCGCGGAGAUGAUGAAUCGGCAACGAUCCACGGCCUGCGACCCGGAAGUGAAUACACUGUGAAGGUCAUCGCCAUGCACGACCGUACACCUAGUCCUCCACUGGUGGGCGUUCAGGCCACAGCCAUCCCUGCCCCCACCAACCUUGAAUUCUCCCAGAUCACCUCCUCCUCCUUCACCAUCAACUGGCGCACCACGUCCAAUGCCCGUCUUACCGGGUACCGGGUGGUCGUCAACCCCAAGAACAAGAGCGGUCCCACCAAGGAGAUGAAUGUCGCUCCUGACACCACACAGGUCCACGUGCCGGGACUCAUGGUUGCUACUAUGUAUGAGGUGCACGUUUACGCCCUGAAGAACUCUCUGACGAGCCGCCCAGUUCAAGGAGAGGUCACAACACUGGACAACAUCAGUCCUCCUCGUCGCGUGCGUAUCUCUGACGUAAAGGACUCCUCCAUCACCCUGACCUGGAGAUCCAAGACCGAGACCAUCUCUGGCUUCCUGGUUGAGGCCACGCCCACCAGUGGAGGCCGCACCCCCAUCCAGAGGACCAUCGCCCCUGAUUCCCGAACCUACACCAUCCAAGGUCUUCAGCCUGGCUCUACCUACAAGAUCAACAUAUACACUCUGAACGGCAACGGUCGCAGUGCUCCCUUCACCCUCACUGCCACCACAGCUAAGCCUGUGGUGUCUCCCCCCACCAACAUCCGGUUCACCUCCCUGACCCCUAGCAGCAUCUCCUUUACCUGGGAGGGGUCCCGUAGCGCCGGGGUCACCGGGUAUUACAUCACCUACGAGGAGGCGGGGGGCAUCCCCCGGGAACUCACCCCACGACCCACCGCUUCCCGCAGCCAAGCCAUCAUCACUGGUCUGAAACCAGGAACUGAAUACGUCAUCAAGAUCGUCACCCUGCAGAAUGCUCUGAGAAGCACUCCUCUAGUGGGCAAGGCUAGAACUCAACUGGCAUCCCAGCUCCCUGUGUCCCACCGGCCCAGCCUCGACAUCUUGGAUGUACCCGAGGACGAGGUUAACCCCAACUUCCCCACCGACCUCGACUUUAACCCCAGCAACCCUAGUUUCAACACCAACCCUAAUGGAAACCCCAACUACCCCCCCAACACCAACCCCAACUAUAACGGCAACCCAAAUGGGAAACCCAACUUUAAUGUGAACACGAACCCCAACCCUAACCCCAACUUUCCCCUCAACCCAAACGGCAACCCCGACCAGUUCAACCCCAAUGGUGACCCCAACUUCCACGUGAACCCCAAUCCUAACUUCCACUUCAACCCCAAUGGGAACCCCAACACCAACCCCAAUGGAAAUUUCAACGUGAACCCCGACCAGUUCAACCCUAACAGCAACCCCAACACCAAUCCUAACCCCAACUUUCCCCUCAACCCCAACACCAACCCUAAUGGGAACCCCAACCAGUUUAACCCCAAUGGUAACCCCAACUUCCACGUGAACCCCAACCCUAACUUUAACUUCAACCCCAAUGGGAAUCCCAACACCAACCCCAGUCAGUUCAACCCCAAUGGGAACUUCAAUGUGAACCCCAACCACCCCCUCAACCCUAAUGGCAACCCCAACCAGUUCAACCCUAACACCAAUCCUAACCCUAACUUUCCCCUCAACCCCAACAGCAAUGCCAACACCAACCCUAAUGGGAACCCCAACUUCUAUGGCAGUGCCAACCAUAACCCAAUUUUUAACUCCAACCCUAACUUCAACCCCAAUCCCAACCUCCCCCUCAACCCUAGCGGAAACCCCAACCCUAAUGGCAACCCCAACUAUAACUUCAACCCCAAUCCCAACCUUCCCCUCAACCCUAGCGGGAACCCCAAUACUAACCCCAACACCAACCCAAACGGGAACACCAACCCCAACUUCAACCCUAACAGAAACCCCAACACCAACCCUAAUGGAAACCCCAACACCAACCCUAAUCCCAACUUCAACCCUAACUUCAACCCCAACACCAACCCUAACCCCAACUUCAACACCAACCCUAACGGAAACCCCAACACCAACCCUAACUUCAACACCAACCCUAACGGAAACCCCAACACCAACCCUAACGGAAAUCCCAACACCAACCCUAACGGAAAUCCCAACACCAACCCUAACGGAAAUCCCAACACCAACCCUAACGGAAACCCCAACACCAACCCUAACGGAAAUCCCAACACCAACCCUAACGGAAAUCCCAACACCAACCCUAACAGAAACCCCAACACCAACCCUAACGGAAGCCCCAACACCAACCCUAACGGAAGCCCCAACACCAACCCCAACACCAACCCCAACUUCAACACCAACCCUAACGGAAACCCCAACACCAACCCCAACUUCAACACCAACCCUAACGGAAACCCCAACACCAACCCUAACGGAAAUCCCAACACCAACCCCAACUUCAACACCAACCCUAACGGAAACCCCAACACCAACCCCAACUUCAACACCAACCCUAACGGAAACCCCAACCCCAACUUCAACACCAACACCAACUCUAACCCCAACUUCAACACCAACUUGAACCCCAACUUUCCCCUCAACCCCAACUUGAACCCCAGCCCCAACUUCAACGAGAACCACGUCCAGCUGGUGGGGACUAACGGCCAGGACACGCUGGGCCAGCAGGGCCAGCACAUCUACACAGAGUACCAGAACCUGGGCCCCAACCCCAACGGCAGGGACAACCAGGGCCCAGCUAUCCACCACCGUGAACCCCUGGUCUACAUCCCCGUCCCAGGCCCCGAUGGCCAGAGAGUGCCCCUGGUCCGGGUGAGCGAGGGUCCGUUAUCGGGUCUUCCGUUUGGGUUCCCUGAAAAUGAGACCGGGUUUGGGGUGCCGCAGGAGGCCCAGACACACACAACCAUCUCAUGGCAGGGUGUUCCCCAGAGCUCAGAGUACAUGGUAUCCUGUAGCCCAAUCACCAACCUCGAAGAGAAGAUGUUCCAGAUGCGAUUACCAGGCACUUCUACCAGUGCCACUCUGAUCGGGUUGACGUCAGGAGCCUCCUAUAACGUCAUUGUGGAGGCCAUGAGAGGGCAGGGCAGGGAGAAGGUCCUGGAGGAGAUAGUCACCGCUGGCAACGCUGUUCCAGGAGACCACCUCCCCUCCAACAGAGACGUGUGCUAUGACACGUUCACAGCCACCUACCAUGAUGUGGGUUCAGAGUGGGAGCGUAUGUCAGAGACAGGCUUUAAGCUGUGGUGCAGGUGUCUGGGGCUGGGCAGUGGCCAUUUCAGAUGUGAUUCAUCCAAGUGGUGUCAUGACAGCGGGAACAACUACCGCAUAGGAGAGAAGUGGGAUCGCCACGCUGAGAACGGUCACAUGAUGAGCUGUACCUGUUUGGGAAACGGGAAGGGAGAGUUCAAGUGCGAGCCACAUGAGUCGACGUGUUAUGACGAGGGUAAGAUGUACCAGGUGGGAAACCAGUGGCAGAAGGAAUACCUGGGAGCUAUCUGUACCUGCACCUGUUACGGAGGACAGCAGGGCUGGCGCUGUGAGAACUGCAGAAGACCAGGAACUCAGACUGAGGUAGAUGUGGAUCUGCUACAGCCUCAAAUACACCAAGACGCAUUCGACCGCUACAGGGAGAACGCCCUGAAGAAACUGAACAUCCAGUGCCCUAUAGAGUGUCUGAGACCAGAGCUCCUAGCAGACGUACAGCAACCCUCCGAGUAAAGGAGAGGAGAACAACAUCCUCUUCCUCCUCCUCCUCCUCCUCAGACUCUACUCACAUACAGGGCCUUCAGAAAGUAUUCCUAUCCCUGGACUUAUUCCACAAUUUGUUGUUACAAGCCUGAAUUCAAAAUGGAUUAAAUAGAUUUUAAUGAAAGUGAAAAUGUUUUUAGAAAUUUUUGCAAAUAUAUAUUGAAAAUGAAAUGCAUAAAUAUCUAAUUUAUUUAUGUAUUCACAUCCCUGAGUCAAUACUUUGUAGAAGGACCUUUCUGUGUAAGUCUCUUAGAGCUGAAAUUCACUACUAGAUUGAGUGACCUUACAGACACUUGUGUGGGGUAAAGAGAUGGUGUAGUCAUUAAAAAAAAAUCAUGUUAACCACUUAUCGAACACAGAAUGAGUCCAUGCAACUUAUUAUGCAAUUUGUCAAGCACAUUUUUCCUCCCGAACUUUAGGCUUGCCAUUACAAAGGGGUUGAAUAUAUUGACUCAAUACAUUUCAACUUUUAACAUUUUAUUACUUUACAAAAUGUUCUACAAAACAAUAUUCCAUUUUGACAUUAUGGGGUAUUGUGUGUAAAUCAUUGACGCAUAAUUUCAAUUUAAUCCAUAUUUAAAAAAAAAAAAUCAGGUUGAAACAUAACAAAAUGUGGGAAAAAAGUCAAGGUGUGCGAAUACUUUCUGAAAGGCACUAUAUCUGUGCCUUACACAAGAGUUAUAAAACCUAGAGUGCACUAGGGUCAGUCUCACGAAAGACUGCUAGCAUGCACCAUUUUUUAUUUUAUUUUUUUAAGUAGUCAACUUGGUGAGACUUCCUAUGUGUUGCCCAUAGAAAUAUAAUUCCUAUUGAAUUCUUAUAGACUUGUAUUUUUAUGGCGAUGUCUUCCCAUGCUGUCACAGAAGUACUCUGUGGAACAUAUUACUGUAGGAAGUGUUAACUGCGUGGUGCCUUCCUGUUCCUGUCCUUCACUAACCUUAAAUCAGUGGUGUGACCAAUAACCACCAUCCUGCUGCUUCUCCACAUUGCCACUCCUUUCUAUAGCGUCACUUCAAAAUACCCACAAGGCAAAGAAAGGGUCUUUUUAUAUUUUAAUGUUUGGUUCCGUUGUCCUACCUAGUCUUUCGAGACAUUUCAAUGAAAAGAGAAAAUGGAAAAUCUGUACAGAGGUCCUAAAGCCGUUCAGUAUUUCUCCUGUAGCCUAAUCUGUUUCUACUAUGUGCUGUUCCCAUUUCUCCUGUAGCCUAAUCUGUUUCUACUAUGUGCUGUUCCCAUUCCUCCUGCAGCCUACUCUGUUUCUACUAUGUGCUGUUCCCAUUCCUCCUGUAGCCUACUCUGUUUCUACUAUGUGCUGUUCCCAUUCCUCCUGCAGCCUAAUCUGUUUCUACUAUGUGCUGUUCCCAUUCCUCCUGCAGCCUACUCUGUUUCUACUAUGUGCUGUUCCCAUUCCUCCUGCAGCCUACUCUGUUUCUACUAUGUGCUGUUCCCAUUCCUCCUGUAGCCUACUCUGUUUCUACUAUGUGCUGUUCCCAUUCCUCCUGCAGCCUACUCUGUUUCUACUAUGUGCUGUUCCCAUUCCUCCUGCAGCCUACUCUGUUUCUACUAUGUGCUGUUCCCAUUCCUCCUGCAGCCUACUCUGUUUCUACUAUGUGCUGUUCCCAUUUCUCCUGUAGCCUACUCUGUUUCUACUAUGUGCUGUUCCCAUUCCUCCUGUAGCCUACUCUGUUUCUACUAUGUGCUGUUCCCAUUCCUCCUGCAGCCUACUCUGUUUCUACUAUGUGCUGUUCCCAUUUCUCCUGUAGCCUACUCUGUUUCUACUAUGUGCUGUUCCCAUUCCUCCUGUAGCCUACUCUGUUUCUACUAUGUGCUGUUCCCAUUCCUCCUGCAGCCUACUCUGUUUCUACUAUGUGCUGUUCCCAUUCCUCCUGUAGCCUACUCUGUUUCUACUAUGUGCUGUUCCCAUUCCUCCUGUAGCCUACUCUGUUUCUACUAUGUGCUGUUCCCAUUCCUCCUGCAGCCUACUCUGUUUCUACUAUGUGCUGUUCCCAUUUCUCCUGCAGCCUACUCUGUUUCUACUAUGUGCUGUUCCCAUUUCUCCUGUAGCCUACUCUGUUUCUACUCUGUGCUGUUCCCAUUUCUCCUGUAGCCUACCCUGUUUCUACUAUGUGCUGUUCCCAUUCCUCCUGCAGCCUAAUCUGUUUCUACUCUGUGCUGUUCCCAUUUCUCCUGUAGCCUACCCUGUUUCUACUCUGUGCUGUUCCCAUUCCUCCUGUAGCCUACUCUGUUUCUACUAUGUGCUGUUCCCAUUCCUCCUGUAGCCUAAUCUGUUUCUACUAUGUGCUGUUCCCAUUCCUCCUGUAGCCUAAUCUGUUUCUACUCUGUGCUGCCCGGACCAGAGCUUUCUCUCUCUGAUGUGAGAUUUUACCCCAGAGAAACAUUCAGAAGUUUACAAUGGGAAAACUCUGACGGCAUCGUGAGUUAUCUGGAAUGGAGAAUAUUUCCAACCUAUCCCAUCGUAGGUCAAAUGGUUCUACAGAGAGUUAAGAUCAGUGUUUUGAAGUAUAACCCUAAUUCCCUAUAUAGUGUACCACUUUUGGAUACAGAGGUCUCACAUGAGAACCUUAUCUUCAUGUAUUUAAAAUCUCUCUGGAGACUUCAACUACCAGUCAAAAAAUAAAAUACAUUCCUUUUUAAAACCAAGCAUGGUCUUUAAUGCAGUGGUAUUCAAAGUCGUGGUCUGAGUGGGGUCGCCAAAAUGUUUUACAUAUAUAUAUAUAUAUAUAUAUAUAUAAAAAAAAUUAAGAACCAAAAAUUAAGAGUACAGAUUAUUGUAUGGGACAUUAUACAAACAUUUUAGAGAAAUAAUUUGAAAAAUAAAAUUUUGAAUAAAUGUAUUUAUUGGUUUCUUUUCAUUUUGAGAAGACGUUUAUGUAAAAAUCGAAAUUUGCAGAUAAUUUUUUUUUUUUAAGGUUGUCAUUAGAUUUGGGGUGGGAUCGUAAAGAAAUUUGGUCCCCAGAAAUUCUAUCGGGGGGGGGAUGGGGUCCCCGCUGAAUACCACUGCUUUAAUGCAAGAGUUGUAUCACAGAGGUACACUGCAAGUGGGUGUUCAUUCAAUGUUCAGAAUUGUAUCUGUUGUUUUCAUGUACUUCUGCCAUUUUGUGGACGGAAGCUCUAAGAUGGCUGCCAGUUGAGUUGCAUUGUUUUAUACCGAUCUCAACUGCUGUUUUUAAUUUUCACACAAAAAAGAAAUGUGUUUUUAUUUAUCCCUUUUAUCCAAGCAUUUUUUUUUAAUGCUAUUUGGGGUGCACACGUUUUGUUAAAAAAAAAAAUGUUUAUUGUAGGUGCCAAAGUCUUAACUACUGUGGACUGAAUUCCUUUUUAAUAAACAAAAAAUGUUUUUGGAA